GGUUAUGCGUUUUGUACAAACACCAGCGGAGGCAGCCAAGGAGCCGGGCAAAAAAUGUUUGUAAAUAUUAAAAUGAAUUUAUGUGCAGCCCAAAAGUUUUUAAUUAAGUGAAAAACAAAAACACGAGUGGAGAGCAAGCGCAACGAAACGAUAAAACGCCGCCAACAAAUCACCGAGAAAGCGAAUUAGAGCAACGAGCUUAAAUAUUUGAAGCGAUGUUCGAGCAGAGCGAGCCCAAUUUAUUAGCAUACUCAAUGCUCGCGCAGUGAGCCGCAUCCCAGCCACGCCUAGAAUACUAACUAAGCCGCUAUCACAGCCAAUCAGAUCGGGAGCAGAGCCAUAACCAUGUCCAGGACCAUCUCAUUAAUCGUCUGCCUGAUCAUGGGAGCCAUAUCCAAUGCUAAUUCGCACGAGCAUGCCGAUGGCUUUAAGCCGGAUGGCGAAAUCCUGCGCGUGCUGGUGAACAGUUCGGCCGAAAUCAAAUGCGAUGUGGGCUCCAGCCUGCCCGACGACAAAGUCCUGCUGGUCGUUUGGUACAAGAAUAAUUUACCCAUUUACAGCUACGACACACGUGGCGCCCACGCAGGGACCCCGUCGCAUUGGCGGGACGAGGAGGUCCUCGAGGAUCGGGCCAUCUUCCGGACGCACAAGGAGCCGGCGGAAUUGCUUAUAAAUCCGGUUAAGGAAAAGGAUGCGGGCAACUUUCGCUGUCGCGUGGACUUUAAGCUAUCGCAGACCCGCAACAGCAACGUCAAUUUGGAAGUUGUUGUUCCGCCCAUGCAGCCGAAUAUCUUCAACGAGCGCCGACAGCGAAUCGAUUCCAGGGCAGGUCCUUACGAAGAGGGAGGCAGCCUGGAAGUCACCUGCGUUGUCUAUGGCGGCUCUCCGCCGCCGACUGUCACCUGGCUGAUGAAUGGGCAGCUGCAGAACAGCGUUGUCGAUUACACCUACGACGGCACCAUCAACAGCAAGCUGGUAGUUCGCAACCUGUCACGCAUUCACCAGCAUGCGGUCUACACCUGCCAGGCGAGCAACUUCCACAAGAAAUACGUGGCCACCAACAUAACCAUUGAGCUAUACCUGCGCCCCCUGCUCGUGGAAAUCAGCUUCAACAACCAGCCGAUGUCGGCGGAUCGAAAAUAUGAGAUCGAGUGCCAGGCAAUCGGGUCGAGGCCGCCGGCGAAGAUCACCUGGUGGAUGGGGAACCUCGAGCUGCACGGCCACAGCCAGAAGGUAUCUGAGGACGGCAAUGUGAGCACAUCAGUGCUGUCCAUAACUCCCACGAGGGAGGAUCAUGGCAAGGCUCUGUCCUGUCGCGCAACCAACGAACUCGUAAGGAAUGGCAUUCGAGAGACCGCCAUGAAGCUGAAUGUGUUCUUCAUCCCCACCUUGCAGCUGGACCUGGGCUCCAAUCUAAAUCCGGAGGAUAUCGAGGAAGGCGAUGAUGUCUAUUUCGAGUGCAAAGUGCAUGCAAAUCCGGCUGCUUAUAAAGUUGUAUGGAAGCAUAAUCACCAAAUCAUCCAGCAUAACCAGCGAGCGGGCGUGAUUGUCAGCAGCGGAGACCUGGCGCUCCAGGGCGUCACACGUCACCAGGCCGGGAACUACACCUGUACCGCCUCCAACGUCGAGGGCGAUGGCGACUCCAAUGUGGUCGAGCUGAAAGUGAUGUAUAAGCCCAUUUGCCGGCCCGAUCAAAAGAAAAUCUACGGAGUGGCUCGGAACGAGGCGGCCGAAAUUGUGUGCGAAGUGGACGCCUUUCCGCCGCCAGAGAACUUCAAGUGGUCCUUCAACAACACGGCGGAGACCUUCGACAUGCCGCAGAGCGGAUUUCGGCCCCACUCCGCCCAGGGAUCCACCCUCACCUACACGCCCGUCAAGGAAAUGGACUUUGGCACCAUCAUGUGCUGGGCCGACAACAAUGUGGGUCAGCAGAAGGAGCCCUGUGUGUUCCAUUUGAUAGCCGCUGGCAAACCGGAAGCGCCCACCAAUUGUACGGUGGUCAAUCAAACGUCCGACUCGCUGGAGGUUUAUUGCAUCGAAGGCUUCGAUGGCGGGAUGCGACAAUGGUUCCUCAUGGAGAUCUACGAUCAGCACAGUGGCCAGCUCCAGGCGAACAUCAGUGCCAAGUUCGCGGCCUUGAGCGUGACGGGCCUGGACGCUGGCCGCCUGUUCCGCAUCUACGUCUAUGCCGUUAAUGGACGCGGACGCAGCGAUGCCAUAGCCCUGGACGGGUACACCCUCAAGGCGGCCGAAAAGCAGACGGUGGCUUUGACUUCCUACAAGGGCAGCGCCCAGAGUCCCGACAACUUCGAGCUAACACCGAUCCUGUCCAUUGGCAUCUUUGUGGGCAUCCUGGUGGCCAUCGUCUGCAUCGGGAUCGGCACGAUUGCCGCCCUGAAACUGCGCUCGCACAAACACCAGCAGCAGCAGAAGUUCGCACAUCCGAAUGCGAAAUUCUCACGUCCGGGCAAUUUGCAAAUUAAGGAUAAAAUCUCAUUGCCAUUGAGUCACUCCGAGGAGAUGUACGACGAGAAGAAUCCCGAUGUGGUGCCCUACAAUGAGGUUGAUGGUGAAUAUAAACAAAAAUCAGCAACACAAACGCCAUCGGGACAUCUUUCGACAACCAGCGAGGUGGAAAUCAGCUGCAAGCCCGGCUCAACAUCCGGCGCCGGAAUCGCCCAGGCCAACUCGGCGGACAGUGGCACCUAUCAGAGCAGCAAGGACGAUGAGCUUCACUACGCAGAGCUGUCACUGAAUAAUGCUUCCGCCGGCUGCAGCACCUCGAAAAAGGGUCAGACGAUGGGGGUGGGAGUGGCCCAGCAGCAGCAGCAGCAGCAGCACCCUCUUCAGCAGCAGCAGCAGGCGGUGCAGCAGGUGCAGCAUCCGCACCCCAUGAUGGGCGGCACCCUGCCCCACGGGUCCAGUAUGCGCAAGCUGCUGCCCAGCAUCCCGGCGACGGCGACUCUGCAGCGCCACAAGCCGAAUGCGGGCGGAAUGCAGCAUCCGCACCAGCACGCUCCGCCGCCCACGUACGACUACGAUUACUUUGAGGAGCCGACGAUAUACGCGCAGAUCGAUGCGUACAAGACGAUGCAGGUGGACACAGGUGCUGUCGGAGCAGGAGCUGGGGCCUGCAUCUCCUCGCCCGGCUCCCACGGCACUCCCUCGACGGUCUCCCCCGGGACGGUGCAGAUGUACACGCUGCCCCCGCAUCCCGGUGGCUACCACACUCUCCCGCACAACCAUCACGCACAGCAGGCGGGAGCAGGGGGAGGUCCGCAGAACUCUGCCUCAAUGAUGCAGAUGCAGAUGAUGCAGCAGCAGCAGCAGCAGAUGCACCACCAUCCAGCGCCGGUUCCAGGCCCCGCCGGCAACAUGCCCAUGCCGCCCUCGUACCAGCAACACCAGCAGAUGGCCCACGGCCAGAUGCUUGUCUCGAGCAACAGCAGCGGCCUGGCCUCCACCACGGCGGCCGUGGCCAGUCCCAGCAGCUCCCUCUCCGGCCUGUCGGGCGUGGGCAAGUCCUAUUCGCGCGAAAUAGUCACAGUGCGCACCCCGCUCAUGUACUCGCAGCAGGAGAGUUGCGUCUAAGGACUCCCAGGAGCAGAGCAAUCCUGCAAUCCCAGUAACCAUGCCCCCUCCCCCCACUUAGUCAUGUAAGUCUUGAGCUCUUCGUGGUUGGUGUCUUAGGCUAAGUGUUGCCAAAACGAAUUGAAUUGAAAGUACAGAAUUCAAGUGAAUUGAAACGAAUCUCGUGUGUGCGAAGGAACUGAAUUAUAUUAAAUGAGAGUGCGGGAAAUGCGGCCAUAGUCCUUAAAUUAUGAAUAUUUUUUUAACUUGCUAGCUCAGUGUUGCUUUUUUUUAGGUAAUGACUAUAAUUUCCAUUAUACUUAUUGCAUAACUAUCGUUUGGUAAGAUUAUACUUAUCUGAUCAUUAAGAAUUUUAUUUUAUUUACAACACAAAUACAAUUUGGGGUGAUUGCCAACUUCCAUUAGUCGAAUUUACAUCAAAAACUCGUAUCAAAAUUAGCAAAAUAUUAAAAUUAAAUGAAAUAGAACGAUGAAAAUAGCGAAUUAUAUAAAUUAUUUACUUAAUAAGAAAGUUUAUGAAAUUCUCCAACUUGACAAGUGCAAUAAGUAUACUGAAAAUACAACUUUUAUUUCAAAUUUUGUUUAAUUUGAACUCUUUUCAGACAAAGAGAUAAUCCUACAAACAGGGUUUAACAUUACUGCAGAAUAAAUAGAUAUUUUAACAAUAAAUUCAAGAUAUACAAAACAGCAAUAUUCAUGAAUCAAAAUCGUUUAAAGAGAUACUGAUUUAGAAAGCCUAAUUUAUAGUUUAGUUUAGUAUGGCUCAUUCCUCAGUAAGUUGUUGGCAAGAAGCAUUUAAAUUGAAAUAUAUCAUAUAUAUAAAUAUAUAUAUAUAUAUAAUGCAGCAGAAGAAGAAUGUUCCUUCCUUACAGUAAGUACUCAGCAGCACGCAGUCUGCGCCAUAUUUUUCCAAGAGAUUACUUCACACAAAAACACAAGAUCAAUAUGAAUUACUUUCCGGAAAUCCCUGUAAAUGUUUGUAAAUGUCAGCUGGCAGAAGAGCAACAAUUUUUUAGUAAUUAGGCUCAAUAAACGCAUAAGUGUAGCAUAACUACAAAGUAAGUAUAUCCUUGAUAUAAUAGACUUAAAGCUCACAACCACUCAACCGAGCAACGCGGAGGCGCAACUUCUUGGCAAUUAUAUUGAAAAUAAAUUACAUUACUCGAGUUUAUGCAACAUAAUAAUAAUAAUAAUAAUGAUUAAAUUAAACACUCACCUAGACACGGGCAAAUUAGCUGCAAUUAGCUUAGCUUAAACGAAUACUAAGUAUUACUGUGUACAUAGAUCGUAAAUAUAAUUUAGAAAACCCCAAAGCGAAUCAAACAGAAGCGCAGCAAACUGCAAUUAAAAAUCCAGGCUAAAUGAAUGUAAAUUAGUUGCACAAUCGAUGCGAAAACUCCAAAAGACUAUAAAUAACAAAAGGAAAACACAACAAGGACCUAUCGUUGCUAUGUAAACUUGGACAAAAAAUGAGAAACCAAACAAGCAGGAAAAGAAAAACAAACGGGGAAAAUUGUUGUUUGUAAAUUGCAUUUAUAUAUCAAAUUGUAUUUUUUCUCUUCAAUGUAUAAAUCAAUGUUUGAACUGUGAAAAAGUAUAAAUAUAACAAAAUAAAUGCACCUUGUAAAUUAUUGUUACAUUUUA